CGCGUCCCCUGCUUACUGCUGGCCGCUUCUUCUCGGGAGGUGGCAGUCGCUGUUGCUGCUGAGAAACCAGCCAGCAUUUUAGGGCUGGUCGCCUGGUGAGGGGUUGAGACUCUGCGCCUCCCUUCUGGACCCACAUGGCUUGUUACCUGGUCAUCAGUUCGAGACAUCUCAGCAAUGGGCACUACCGGGGCAUUAAAGGAGUCUUCAGAGGGCCCCUCUGCAAGAACGGAUCUCCCUCUCCGGAUUUUCCAGAAAAGGAGAAGUCCACAGCAAAGGCCCUGGAAGAUGUAAAGGCAAACUUUUACUGUGAAUUAUGUGACAAGCAGUAUCACAAACACCAGGAGUUUGACAAUCAUAUUAAUUCUUAUGAUCAUGCUCAUAAGCAGAGACUGAAAGAAUUAAAGCAACGGGAAUUUGCUCGAAAUGUAGCUUCCAAGUCGUGGAAAGAUGAGAAGAAACAAGAAAAAGCACUUAAACGACUUCAUCAGCUGGCUGAGUUAAGGCAACAGUCUGAAUAUGUUGCAAAUGGACCAACAUACAAAGCCCCCAGAGUAGCCAUGGAAAAGAAACUCCAACAAGGAAUUUUCCCAGUUAAGAAUGGAAGAAAGGUAUCAUGCAUGAAAAGUGCUCUUCUCCUUAAAGGAAAGACUCUCUCUAGAAGCAUUUCUGAUAAACAGCGGUCCACCAUGCCAAACCGACACCAGUUACAAACGGACAGACGUUAUUUGUUUGGAAAUCGGGUACCACAAACAUCUUCAGAUCUCAGCAAUGCAAAUCACAGGACAGGAGUAUCAUUUUCUUUUUCCAAAAAAGUACAUCUAAAAUUAGAAUCUUCAGCAUCAGUUUUCAGUGAGAACACAGAAGAAUCCCAUGAUUCUAACAAGUCACCCAUCUGCAAAACAAAAGCUGCAGAGGAAUGCAAGUGCCGCAGGUUUGCAAAUGAGGAUACACACUCUACCAAGGAAAAAGAUAUAAACAUCUCACCACGCCAUCUGGAAAAUGUUUUACACAAUUCUUUCUCCAUAAACUCUCAAAUUUUGCAAGACAAAAAUGACUCUAUUGAUGAAAGACUAGAAGAUUCCACUGGCGUUCAUGCUUCAUUCUCUAAAUCUAACAUUCAUCUUUCAGAUAUGGAUAUUACUCCUUCCAGCAGAGAAAAAGGAACUAGAAAUACAUUGAAGAACACUUCAGAAAACUGCAUUAAUCAUUCAUGCCAAGCAAAUGCUUCCUCCAGCCCACCAAACAUUUACAAGCACAGUGAUGCCAGGAUAUUUGAAUGUCUGGAUGAGUUUCCAUCACUAGAGCCCAGUGAGCAAAACAGUACAGUGCAUCUGAAUCCCAACUCCAGAAUGGAGAAGAGAAAAAAAUCUUUAGAUGGAACAGAAAGAGUUAGCAAAAAUGUGCAAAGGCUUAUAAGAGAAGCAUGUCCCCAUGAUGUGAAGUCCAAGCCAUUGCCUUUUCUCCACGUACAAAGCAAGGAUGGUCACACCACUCUUCAAUGGCCCACAGAACUUCUGCUCUUUACAAAAACAGAGCCUUGUAUCUCUUAUGGCUGCAACCCAUUAUAUUUUGAUUUUAAGCUUUCUCGGAACACAAAGGAUGGUAAUGAUCCAGAGAACUUAAAAACAAAAUUGAUUAAGGAAUCCUCAGAAAUGCAGACUACAAUAGAGAGCCAAGUCUCAGGUUUAAUCAAAGACCAACAAAAAUUGAUCCAAGAAGAUAAUCAAUCUCUGAAACCAAAGAUGAUGAUAGCUAAUCCAGAUUGGGAAAAUUUCCAGAGAAAAUGUAAUUUGGGCGACAAUGAUUCUGAGCCAAAUAUGAAUAAACAUAAUUUUGCUGCAAGUGAUUUGGAAAUGAAAAAUCCUGAAGUGCCUGUUUACCUUGAUAUCUCUGUAAAGAAUUGUGUAGCAAACAAUGGUAAUAGUGAUAAUGAAUUUAAGGAACCUUCAAGGGCCCCCUGGCAAAGAUGCCAAAGGGCUGUUCUAAAUGAUGCAAAUGAGGACCUAUCUUUUUCUCCUUAUAUCUCUAGGACUAAAAAGCAUAAACAGAUUCCCUGUGAUCCUCAUUCAGAGUUUGAAGAUGGAAAUCAAUUCACCUGGAAUUCUAGUCCUUACACAGUAAGGGGUCACAAUGCCCAUGGGAAGAACUUCAGUGUAGUUUUGAAUAGUAACCGUAUCAGCAUGACUGGCAGCAUUUCUGGAUGUGGAAACCGAAGUUACAAGAGAAGUUCUGAAAAGUUGUCUCUGAAUAGACAUUCCAGCCCUUCAGACAUAUCCCUUGGCAGCACAUCCAGCUUGAAAAGUACUUGUUCAAGUCAAAGGUCCAGUGGUGAUGGCAGAGGUCGUUUGCUCUACUUUUGUAAAAGAGAGCACAGCUCCGUUGAAAGGCACAAACUGAAACGCCGGAAACACAGCUGCCUCUGCUUAUCUGAUGAGACGGCACAGAGUGCCUGCCUGCGGUCUGGAGCACAUAGAGAGAGGAGCUGCAAAUUGCAGGAAUCAUUUAACAAUGAAAAACACUCACAACGUGGAUAUGGUCACUGCAGAGAAAGAUAUAAACUGGGCAAAAAUCAACAACAGUGUUCAGAGCCCAAAUCCAGGAGUAUCACCCAUUGUGAUACUAGCUCACAGGUUUCCUGUGCUGGGAACAGUGCCAAACCACCUCAUUGCCAGGGACCUCAGCACAGCAGACUGGGUUCUUACUCAAGAGAAAGAAUUUAUUACUUAAAUAAAAGUGAAAGAAGUCAAUGGUCUUUGGACACCUCAAACAUUUGUGAUCUGGGAAAAGUAAAACCCAUGCAGUGUAACUCUGGGAAUAUCAACUGCCUUCUGAGGAAAUGUUCCAGCCACUCUUCAGAAACAACAAGGUUGAGCGUUGCAGAAGGAGAGAAGACCUCCCUGACAGCCAAAAGCCUUUUAGAAAGAGUACAAGCCAAGAAGUGUCAGGAACAAUCAACUAAUUUUGAGGUCUCUUCAAACAGUUGUAAAAAUGGAUUAGAGGCUCAUUCACAGAUCCAAUGCACAAUUCAAUUUAUACCACCAGGCUGUGACAGACAGGCAUUGUCUUUGUCUGAAAAAAUACAGAACACAAGUAAAAGAAGAAAUGAUAAAGGCAGUGCAAUUCAAAGAACUAUUGAGAAAGACAAAGUCAAAAGUUCACAGACAAAUAAUUUUACUAUUUUAGUCGACACUGAUUGUGAUAAUCAUCUUUCUAAAGGUAUAAUUCACGUAGUAGCCGAAUCUCAGUCACCAAACACGAAAAAGAACCCAACAACAAAAGAACAAUCAGAACAUUUAAUUAGUGAAGUCCAACCUUUUAUUCAAAGCUGUGACCCAGUACUAAAUGAUCUCCCUGGUGCUUUUCCAUCUAAUAGACAUACUGGUGUUCCUGAUUCAACAGAGACCAAAGAGGACCAAAUAAAUCUAGACUUAGAGGAUGUAAGCAUGCAUAUGAAUCACGCAGAGGGGAAUAUAAACUCUUACUAUGACAGAACUAUGCAGAAGCAUGACAAGGUAGCAGAUGAAUUAGAAGUAUGUCAUAAAUCUAUCUCUCCCCCUUUAAUUCAACAGCCAAUAACAUUUUCUCCUGAUGAGAUAGAUAAAUAUAAGCUCCUACAGCUACAAGCCCAACAGCAUAUGCAGAAACAGCUCCUAUCAAAGCAUCUUCGAGUUUUGCCUGCUACAGGGCCAGCUGCCUUCUCUCCGGCCUCAGCUGUACAGACAGUUCCAGUUCACCAGCACACUUCUCUCACCACCGUCCACCACACGUUCCUGCAGCAUUUUGCUGUAUCUGCUUCCCUAAAUUCCCAUAGCAGUCACCUCCCUAUAGCUCAUCUACACCCUCUUUCACAGCCACAUUUUACUCCAUUCACAUUUUCACCUCUGACUCCAACCAUCAUCCCUGCACAUCCCACUUUCUUAGCGGGUCAUCCCCUGCAUUUAGUCACUGCUGCCCCCUUCCCCCCCUCUCACAUAACACUUCAGCCCCUGCCCCCUGCAGCAUUUAUCCCCACAUUGUUUGGCCCUCACUUAAACCCAGCCACAACUUCCAUCAUCCACUUGAAUCCUUUAAUUCAACCAGUGUUUCAAGGUCAAGAUCUUUGCCAUCAUUCUUGCUCCAGUCAGAUGCAACAGUUAAAUGGAGUGAAAGAGGCCUUAAAUGUGUCAGCGCACUUGAACUCAUAGCUGUUAAAGCCCCUCUCAUGGAUAAAUAAAACAAAUCGUCACUACCUGCAAAAUGAUAUAUUUAAAGUGGUCUAUCUGAGUGUUAUAAGAUUUAAAAUAUAUACCACUUCAAAUUGUGACCAACAUUUAAACAUGAACUGAGUUGCCAAUAUUGAAAUAGGAGCAUUUUAAGAAUUUCUUUUAACUUGCAAAAAUAAUAGAGUGAAUUUAAAAUAAUCUUAUGGGAAAGUAGAGGAAAAAGUGUUAAAGAUCUGUUUUGGAUGAGUUCUCACAUAAUGUUAUAAAAUGUUACAGAAAACAUUCAGGCAGAUCAUUAAUAUUACAAAGAAAAUCAAAUGGAACAUAAUACCAUAUGUUCUAGGUGUUUGUUGAGUGAGUGAAUGAAUGAAUGCACAUUUGGUUUUAUUCAUCAGAUAAUAAUAAAAGUUCAGUGAAAUGAACUAAUUAUUAAAAAUAAUUCUUAUGGUUAACUAUUGA